AAAGUGACAGAGUUUGGUGGCCUUGAGGAAUUGACGCACAGGUAGCUUAUAAAAGAUGACUAGAUGAGGCUCUCAGACAUCAGAAACAAGCAAACGCACACAUAACCAGACAGAUCAGAGAAUCUCAGAGAGAAGAACUUUGGUCGGCUGACUUCUUUCUGUACAACAGAUAUGGUGAGAGGAGUGAGGAUGUUGUGUCCUGCUUGGCUCUUGGCUCUGGCUGUACUGUGUGCGGGCGGCUCUGAAGUCAGAGCUCAGUGCUGGGAAAACACUCGAUGCCGAGACCUCACCACUGAGGAGAGCAUCUUGGAAUGCUUACAGCUAUGCAGGUCUGAUCUGACAGAUGAAACCCCCGUCUACCCCGGAGAAAGCCAUUUGCAGCCUCCCUCUGAACAGGAGCAAAACGAGGUCCUCGCACUCCUGUCCCCAGUCGCCCUCGCAGCUGCUGAGCAAAUGGACCCAGAAUCCAGCCCACCGCACGAGCACAAGCGCUCUUACUCCAUGGAGCAUUUCCGUUGGGGAAAGCCGGUGGGCCGCAAGCGCCGGCCCAUCAAGGUGUACACGAACGGCGUAGAGGAGGAAUCCGCUGAGACUCUCCCGGCCGAGAUGAGACGCGAGCUGGCAACCAACGAAGACGACUAUCCCCAAGAGGAAAACGCUUUAAAUCAGCAGAAGAAGGACGGCUCCUACAAAAUGAAACAUUUUCGCUGGAGCAGCCCACCUGCUAGCAAACGCUACGGAGGCUUCAUGAAGUCCUGGGACGAGCGCAGUCAGAAACCCCUUCUCACACUCUUCAAAAAUGUCAUAAACAAAGAGCACCAGCGGAAGGACCAGUGAGGGGAUUUUAAUGGGAUGGGCGGAGUGGAGUUGAUGAGUGGGUUUUAUCAAGCAUAGUCAAACAAAAGAGGGUGGGUGAAGUUACCAAUAGCACUUAAUUCUUGAUGCUUUAGAGUUUAUUCACAUUGUAUUCAACAAUAAAUUCUGAAUUCUGUA